UUGUGGCAACAUGCUCGAUGGAAGAAGAGGCAGUUGCUUGAAAGUUAUUUUAACACAUUAGUUCAACCUCAAAGAGGAAACUGCAGCGUUUGCCUCACAUCAGAUCAAUGUGAGUUUAAAGUCAGAGCAAACGAGCGCUGACAGAGAAUGGACAGAGAAUGGCUCGACUGGAACUAAUCAUUGUUUUUGCUCUUCUGUUUGAAGUGGGCAACAGUCAAGAAGUGCUCUAUCGCUUCUACCUCCCUGAUCAAGAUGUCACUCUGCCCUGUGGCAUUAAAAAUCAACCUCCACAGUGCUCCAGGAUGUCAUGGCUUUAUAACAGAGAUACAUCACAGACUUUAACUGAGGCAAGCAGAGAAAAGAUUAACGAGGAGUCACUCCGAGCUAACAGGCUGAGUUUAGACUCAGACUGCUCUUUGGUCAUUAAACACAUCACUGCUGAGGAUGUUGGUUUCUACACGUGUCGACUGGAGCAGCAGUUCGAGUUUGAUGUCUUUGUGUAUCUAAGUCUUCUGACAGUCUCUCAGCUUCCAGCAGACUCUGAUCAAACGAGGAACAGUGAAGUCACAUUAGAGUGCUCUCUGUUGAGAUACAACAAUCGUCCCCCUUGUCAACCAAUUGGCCUCCGCUGGUUGGACGAGACAGGAACUGAGGUUACUGAAGGUGUCCAAAAGCUUUCCAGAGGUACAGACUGCGUCUCUCAUCUGAAGGUGAAGAAUCAGAGUGGAGACAACAGGAAUUCACCUGCAAAUGAGCCGGAGAGUGAUCUGACCUACGUUACUUUGAGCCACAGUGAACAACAGAAGUCUUUUAGGAAGAAGGAAGAGGAGGUGACCUAUUCUGCAGUCAAGUCUUCAGCGAGGAACGAGGCAGAUGAUGAUCACAGCAGUCUGUACAGUACUCUCGCAAACUAA